AUGGAGGAGGCAGAGAAGCGAGUGGUGAUUGCAUCCUCAUCACAACGAAAGAGAAAGAGAAGAAUAAUUAGAAGAAGAAGAAAAAGAAACGAGAAGCCAGUGACUGCUCCAUCAUCUUUGCCAAUCGACGUUGUUGAGGAAAUCUUCUUGCGGUUUCCGGUGAAAGCACUAUUCCGACUUAAGUCUCUCUCGAAACAAUGGAGAUCGACCAUCGGGUCUCGCUCUUUUGCAGAGAGACACUUGGAGAUAGCCGAACGAUCACGCGUGGAUCAUCCUAGGGUUAUGGUGAUCACUGACGAAGAUCCCCUAAAACUAAAAGUAAUACCUCGUCCAGACAAAGACAUUGGUUUUAGGUUAUUCUGCUUGGAGUCGGCUUCUCUUCUAUCCACUGCUAUUCUCAAUAUCCCUCAAGGGUUCACACAUAUCUCCGUUUCUAGAUGCUGCGAUGGCCUUUUCACCAUCCAUUCCCCGGAAAAUCAAUCCAUGUAUGUAGUUAAUCCGGCUAUAAGGUGGCUCCGACAACUUCCUCCAGCUAGGUUUCAGACUCUGAUGCACAAGGCUAACCUUGAUAUAAGAGAAUGGUUAGAAUUAGAUUCAGUCUUUCAUCUAGCAUUCGUGAAGGCAACUGAUUAUAAAUUAGUGUGGUUGUAUAAUUCUGAUAAGUACAAUGUUGAUGACUUGAGUCCAAACGGAGUUACACAGUGCGAGGUUUUUGACUUUAGGGCAAACGCUUGGAGGUAUUUGGCUUGCACCCCAAGUUAUAGGAUAUUUCACUACCAAAGGCCAGCAGUUGCAAACGGGUCGGUGUAUUGGUUCACGGAGUCAUAUAAUGAUAAAAUCGAAGUAGUAGCUUUUGAUAUUCGUACUGAUUCAUUCCGGUUGCUGCCUAAGAUUAACCCGGCUAUUGUUGAUUCAGAUCCGAGGUAUAUUGACAUGUGCACUUUGGAUAAUGAUUUGUGCAUGUCAAAAAGAGAAUUGAAUACGUUGGUCCAAGAUAUUUGGAGGAUGAAAUCAUCAGAAGAGUCAUGGGAGAAGAUUUAUACAAUAGAUUUGCUUUCUUGUUCUUCUUCGCGGACUCAGUUUCGUGGUGAAUAUGACUGGAGUAGCAAGGAUUUGGAUGAUCAAUCUACACCGGUGGCAGUAUGCAAGGACAAGAAGAUCCUGCUCUCACAUCGCUAUUCUCGCGGUCUGGUCAAAUAUGAUCCCCUAACAAAGUCUCUAGCUUCAUUUUUCCAACAUCGUUGGUCUACAAGAAAAGUUCCUUGUAUUCAAAGUUUGAUUUCGCAUAUCUAA